CCCACUCGCUGCCUCGAGAGUCGACCGUCAUCAGUCCACGAUCGCCCGUCGCUCGAUUCAUCGACGCGAUCCCUGACGGUGAUCCCGCAGAAGAGUCCUUCGUCGGUCAUCGGGCCACUGACCAUGACCGAGGCGCGACGCACCACUUCAGACUUGCCCUCCCUUUUUCUGGCGAUGCCCAGCUUCUUGUCGGUCGCGAAAUGUCACAUUCCAAACCCGACGGACGCGCUUCGUGGCAGAUGUGUCUGGACGAGGAGGAUCUGCCAAACAGCCAAGAGGGCUUGGUGCGCGCUGUCAUUGGCAUUUGAAGGCUGAGGCUGAAGCAUCAUGACGGAUCCUGCGAAACGUGGCGUACGGGCCUGGAUAAGGGGUGGUGGUGGUAGGGGAGGGGGGGGGAAGGGGAAGGGGACGAGCCUUCAACAUCGUUAUCAUCACCAUCAUCAUCAUCACCCAACCCAGCGAUACAAACCUGCGAACCCGUUCUUCCAUUGUUGAGAACCACACGAUUGACGCAGACUCUGAUGCAUCCCGCUGAGCUAAUCCAUUCUCGCACCGGGAUCGUGCGUGGGCGCCCGGACGACACCAAUUGCCGGGCCAGGCAGCUUCUACCGGGUUCAUACCUGGACUCGACGGCUCGUGUGCAAUGCAGGUCAUCAUCGCCCGCGUCCGUCCCCCCCCUCGUGCCUCUUCCUCACAGAAACCCGCACGAGCCAUCUUUUUUUUCUUGUCCCGGAUAAAGAUUUCUUUUUAUUAUCAUUCACUGAC